GAGCGUGGCGAGCGUUGCCCCUCCCCCUCCAUUCAUUCGGUGCGGGCGGCAGUGGCGGCGGGCAGCAUGGUGGAGGAGGCGGUGAUCAGCGAGGAGGAGGCGGCGCAGUAUGACCGGCAGAUCCGGCUGUGGGGGCUGGAGGCCCAGAAUAGGCUCCGUUCAUCCAGAGUAUUGCUGGUUGGGAUGAGAGGCCUGGGAGCUGAAGUGGCUAAGAAUCUGAUUUUGGCUGGAGUGAAAGGACUAACUCUGCUUGAUUAUCAGCAGGUGUCCGAGGAGGACUCCAGAGCUCAGUUCCUGAUUCCUUCUGGAUCUCUCGGCCGCAACAGAGCAGAGGCUUCGUUAGAGCGUGCUCAGAGCCUUAACCCUAUGGUUGACGUACAGGUGGACACGGAAAACCUGGCAGAUAAAUCAGCGGAUUUCUUCACACAGUUCGAUGCUGUUUGCCUGACGUGCUGUCCACGGGAUCUCCUUGUGAAGGUUGAUCAGAUCUGCCACAAACAUAGCAUCAAGUUUUUUACCGGCGAUGUUUUUGGUUAUCACGGUUAUAUGUUUGCUGACCUGGGAGAACACGAAUUUGUAGAAGAAAAAAUGAAGGUGGCAAAAGUGAGUUCAGAGGCAGAAGAUGGACCUGAAGCAAAAAAAGCCAAGAUUGAUUCUACGGAGACCACGAUGGUUAAGAAGAAAGUCCAGUUCUGCCGGCUAAAAGAAGCCCUGGAAAUGGACUGGAGCAGCGAGAAGGCAAAAGCGGUUCUGAAGAAGACGCCGAGCGACCUUUUCCUGUUGCACGUUAUAAUGAAGUUCCGCACAGACAAGGGGCGAGACCCUCUGCCUAACAGCUACCAAGAGGACUCUGAGUUACUGCUUCAGAUCCGCAAUGACGUGUUGGACUCGCUGGGGGUCAGCCCUGACCUGCUGCCUGAAGACUUUGCAAGCUAUUGUUUUUCGGAGAUGGCACCGGUGUGUGCCGUGGUCGGUGGAGUGCUAGGCCAGGAAAUCGUUAAGGCGUUGUCUCAGAGAGAUGCACCUCACAACAACUUCUUCUUCUUUGAUGGGAUUAAAAGUAGCGGAAUUGUCGAUUGCUUGGGAGCCAAGUAAAGCAAGGAUGCAGUAUGGCGGAGGAUGACUGAACGUCGUGGUGGGCGUUGCAGCCUGACUUGUGAUAUUUGGACAAUUGGAUCUUAUGUCGGUUCUAGCGCACACAGCUAGCAGAAGAAUCAUUUUCUUGCUCCCUAAAAUGUGCUGUCAACUUCAAUUUGUUUUUAACAGAAAUGUCAAAGUAACUGUUUUCACGAUGCGUCGGGGAUAUUAUCAACCAGUAUUGGCUAAAGCGGUUGAUCCGAUGCCGAUAUAGAAUUCCCAUGAUGCCUUGCCAGCCAAGAAUCUACUUUUUAUCCACCCGUGUUAUACACAAGAACACCCUAAAGCUUGCCAUUACACUGCCGUACAACUGGGGUACCCUGUGCAGUGAGACAUCCUCAGCUGAAACCGUUUGGAGAGGGGCCAAAGCUACUCCGAAACAUGCAUUUGUCAUAAGGAGCCCUCUUUUAACAAUGUGAGUGCUGGAUUCAAUAGACUGAGCAGAUCCAGUGUCUGGGAGGGCAGGGGACAAACCUCCGCAUUUAGAAAACAUUGUCGAAAUGAACAUGUGCUAAAGCACUCAUUGUUUGCUUGUAUGGAUGACGGUGGAUGAUAAUCACACAGAUCAUUCUGCAGACGGCAAAUAUUGGUAAAAUGAAAAAUAAAAUUCAGGUCACAAU